CAAACAGAACCUCAGUGAUCCACGAUGGUCCGGUCCUGGAUCCUGCUGAUCUGCCUGCUCGCAAUUUUGGCGUGUUUCGGGGCGGGUCAGGACCCUCCACGAGCGCGCUCCGGCCCGUGGAGACACCGGAUCCAGUGGGAGAACAACGGGCAUGUUUACAGCUUACUCAGCACCGGGACCGAGUACCGUUUACCCUCUCAGAGCAGGAGACGCACGCAGCUUUUACUGACCACGAAAAACGAUCUGAACCAGAUCCACCGACCCGCUGCGCUCAGGUCCAGCAGAACCAGGUCCGGGAGCGCAUCCAGGGAUCGGUCUGAGCAAAGAGACGACAAUCAGAUGGAUGCGUCAGUUCUUGGUGCUGAGGCGGGUCAGUACCUGCUCACCUCAGACAGUCGGCCCCUCACAAACCAGGCUCCACCUAACAGAACCUCCAUCCUGGACUUCUCCGGCGGCGGAGUCCCCAGAGGGGGCCGCAGUGCCCCUGAGGACGCACAGCCCACCCGUCCGGCUCCGGUCAGAGCGCGCGAUUUUACGCACAGGGGAGGCUUCAGGCCGGAGUCCGAGAGCUCAGAAACACCUCCCGCAUCGGUUUGGGUCACUUUGACCGAAGACCAGUCCAGGGUCCAGUCCCUGACCAGAGCCAGCCCGGAGUCCGGGAACUCCGUGGAGAUCCACUUCCCGCGCAGCAGAACGGAACCAACAGAAGCCGGAGACCCACGAGACCCUCACAGCAUCCAACACAGGAACUCAGUUUUCUAUAAUGUUUACCCACCGGACCGCAGGAACCGGCAGGACGGCAGAGGCCCAGUCAGUACCGGAUACGGUACCAGAUUCUUCUACAACGGUCUCCCAGACCUGAUACCAGACCCAUAUUACAUCCAGGCUGCCUCCUACAUCCAGAGAGUUCAGAUGUAUGCACUUCGCUGUGCUGCAGAGGAGAACUGCCUCUCCAGGUCUGCAUAUCAUCCCAGUGUGAGCGACCUGGACUACAGAGUUCUGCUGCGGUUCCCACAGCGAGUCAAGAACCAGGGAACGGCGGACUUCCUCCCAGUAAGACCCAGACACGAGUGGGAAUGGCACAGCUGUCAUCAACAUUACCACAGCAUGGAGGCCUUCAGUAACUACGACCUGCUGGACGUCUCCACCGAACAGAAGGUCGCUGAGGGACACAAAGCCAGUUUCUGUCUGGAGGACACGUCAUGUGACCCAGGAGUGCGGCGGCGCUUUGCCUGCACUGCUCACACACAGGGGCUCGGUCCUGGCUGCUAUGACACAUAUCACGCCAACAUUGACUGCCAGUGGAUCGACAUCACUGACGUGCCGCCUGGGAACUACAUACUGAAGGUGACAGUGAACCCCUCUCAGCUGGUUCCUGAGUCUGACUUCUCCAACAACGAGGUGAGGUGUGACGUCAGGUACACAGGAAGCCACGUCCAGGCGACAAACUGCAGGAUUGUUGUGAGAUGAUCAUCUGAGGAUAUAAAAUUUUUGUUGCUCUUAAUGUAAAGCUGCUGUUCUGCUGUUUGCUGCUCAGAUUUAAUCUUUGUAUUUCUGUUUUAGAAUGUGCUGUAGUUUAAUCCAGCCAUAUCAAAUAAAUGUUUAAUUUAUGAGUGUAUUUUACUGAAACUAAGCUGUUUGUGUGCAAUAAGAAAGUGUUUUUAAGCGGUUUACUGGUGCUUGUGUUCUCUGCAUUCAUUUUUCUUUUCGUGAGGUUUUUUUUAAAGAACAUCUAAUAAUAAAUAAAAUAUGCCUUGAUGUUAACAGUGUGGAUUAUUUUAUAAUAAUAAAACAAAAAUGUCAAA